GGACAGACUAUCAACCAUUGGAAUAUUGCGUGGAUCCAUUGACGUCAGAUCUCUUUCGCUUUGACUUGGACCUGAAAGAGCCCAUCCUGAUACCCAGAUUCGUUUUUGACUCCCUACCUCGUGAUCGGUCCAACGUCUUGCCGGAUCCAAAAAUUAUCCUCUCCUCCAUGCAUCAUUGCCAUUUGUCUGUCUAUGAAGAUACAAUUAUCAUAUUGAGGAACAUCAAAGACGGAACCUCUGAGGAUGCACUCCAUUUUCGAGAUGGCAGCAUUCUUCACAUCAUUUCAGCAACAGCAUCAUCAGAUCCUAACAUUAUUGAUCUUAAUCAUUCUUCAAACAGUACACUUAAACGCAAACGGGUUGAUGCUCACAUUGGGAACAUUCCAGUUGUUAUUGUAGAGGAGAAGCAAUUGGAUACAGAGGUUGGGGAGGCCAAGCUUGAUAUAUACAGGAAAUUUGAUUGGUCACCGCAUUACAGGAAUUUGCCAUAUGUGAUUGCUAUUGCAGUUGGUAGAGAUAAUAUAGUCUUCAGUAAGUUCACUCGUGCAAAACACUUUAUUGAUGAAUUGAGCUUGAAUCUUUCUUUGAUUAAAGAUCGUGCAGCCAUAAAUACUGGUCGUUACUGCCAAUGGGCCUUUAAACAAGUAGGACCAGAACCAUUGUAUCCAUUUGGUAAGACUAUUGACCGCCUACCUGCAGAUUCAGGUAUCUGGGGCACUCGCCUUACAAUCAAUUAUUCUUCAGUAUUGAAGACUUUCUAUUCAAUGGAAAGUUCAGAAAUUCAGAGGGUACACAGCUUCUAUGCAAGAAAUACUGGCAUUCCCUUUCUUGAAAAAGCAUUACGAAAUGAGACUAAAAACAAUGAGCUCCAUCUUGAACUUACACCAGUUGGCCUUAUGUUUUCACCUACAAAUCUUGCUACCCUUCAAACUGCCAUGUAUUGCUUCCUUCAUGUCCUGGCUAAGGUUCACCAAAAUGGCUGGUCUGUCAUUGACAUCAGAUGGCCAAACACCAUUGAAUACAAUGGUUGCUAUUAUAUUAUUGAUGCUGGUGAAUUUGCCCAAGAGCAUGGUCACCCAAUUCAUAGCAAGGUAUUAAAGAAAUUUGAUCAAAACUCCUUGCUGAGUCGUCCUGCUCAUGAUGUCUACAUGGUGAAAGAAAUGAUGAAAGAGGUUGAAGAGAUCUGGAGAUAUAAUUCACAUGCAAUUGAUUUUAUGAGAGAGUUGGAUGAAUGCUAUAGGAAGGAUAGUCUUGAAUCUGUAUUGAAUUGUAGGUUUCUUACUGCACCAACAAGGAUGAAUUAA